UUUUUUUUUUGUCAUUGUUAAAACAGUUUUUUAUAUAUUAUGGGUCUUUUCGAUUUCUUUGGUGAACAAUACACUGAAUUCAACAACAUUCCUGAAGAGCACCAUAAAGCUCGCCUUAGUCACGAACUUAUUGCUGGUGCCGCUUCUUAUGAAGCUGUAAAGGCUUAUAAUGAACAUUGUGCCAAAAAUGGUAAACCAAACGAUCAUGCUACUGCUAUGGAGAUUCUUGCUGGAUUUGCUGGUAGCGCCAUUGAUAGAAUGGUUGAAACAAAGGGUCUUGAUUUCAUUGAUAGAGAAAGAGCUAAGAGACAUGCUGAAGAACAAGUCAAGCAAUUCUAUGAAUUCGAAGCUUAAGCAUUUAGCUGCAUAUCUUUUCAUAUAAUAUAUCCAUUUUUUUAACUGCAAUAAAAAAUAAAGAUUUGUUUAAAGAAAAAAAAA